CAGCUGCCUCGCUGCUAGACGCGGUGGAUUUUCUGAACCGAGUGGCAUCUCGGGGAGGCAGCUGGACGGUGGGUUCGCCUGAGCCGUCGUUCCUGGUCUUUGGGGCACGGGUGUUAUUUGUGAUUUGCAAGCGCAACCAUGUUGGCCCCAGUCCAGCCCAGUCCCGCCUCAAGCCAUGAUCUUGUGGACGCGCCGGAUGAGUUGGACGACGCCGUGCGGUUGCAGGACAUCCUCGCACCAGCCCACUGGGUCGACAAGCGAGAGCGCGUAGCGUGCGGCGACUGUGGCCUCAAGUUUAGUAACUUGUUUCGUCGGCGCCACCACUGCCGCCUGUGCGGCGACCUCUUUUGCAAGCAGUGUGUCGUACGCAAGCUGCUUUGCAUUCCACGGCAAGAUAAAGUGUUCGUCAAGAUUUGCAAGGCGUGCUCCGUGGAGGAAACAGGCACAGCCAGCUCGUCGACGACAUCGUCCGUCAAGAGUCCUCGACACCAACCACACGACACGACUCGCGCGUCGGCCUCGUGGCGGUCGAUGGUCCAAACCGGUUUGUCCAAGUCGUCGCCAAGCCUGCGAACUCAGCAUCCCCUUGAACAGCCACUUGCCGGGACCGGUUCAACGGCCCAACGCCAACGGGUUGACGUUCAAACGAACGAAACGGACAGGUUGGACGUCGUGCAUGGCUACAACAUUGACUACACGGCGGACCCGCACGACGACAUUCUACAGCUCUGCCAAGACGCGGCAGCAGCAUACAUGUGCCCCAUUGCGGCAGUGAGCGUGAUGGAGGCUGACGUGCAGCACGUCGUAGCGUCGAUUGGGAUUGCUUUGCGAACUAUCCCCCGAGAUGUCGCGUGGAUGUGCGACACCGUCGUAUCGACGAAUCGACCUCUUGUGGUGCUGGACGCCAUGCAAGACGCUCGAUAUCGGCAUUGCGACUUGGUCCAGAACGACGGCAUCCGCUUUUACGCAGCUGUGCCCGUGGCAAACAUGAACGGAUGGGUACUGGGGACUCUUGCGGUGAUGGCCACUACGCCCCGCGAACACGUCGAUAUUGCACCGUUGGUGGCGCUGGCAGCGGCCGUCAUGACACAUCUUCGAAGAACCAAGGCCAGAACGAGGCGCAAGCGGACGUUGUCAUGUGGCAGUGCAGAGAGGCCAUCCCCUGACCAAGGGCUCCGACUGCAAGACUCCAACUCGGAAUCCCUCGUCAUGUCGCUGCUCGCUAAGACCACACAAACCCAAGUAUCGCUGGCCCAGCAACAAACGGCCAUGGCUACCACGCUCGGAGACCACUCAAACAAGAUCUCGCAAUUAGUCCAAGCGAUCGAGCGCAUGGAAACCAUGCUGUGCGACGACAUCGGCGCUUAGCAGGACACUUUUGAGUGUUGUGAAAGACAAGCUGGUUCAAGGCACUCCAUGUGUAAGCAAGUGUUUGUACGAUUGGCUCCAGGGUUGAUUCGAGCACCCUUCCAUCGGCAACAGUCUCUUCCGCGUGCGUAGUACUGCAGCUUGCACUACGAAUUGAUCGCGUCGACAGGGUCAGCGCCAGAAUGACGUCCGAAACUUAGCGCAUGAAGACGAGUGUCGGGUGAAGCGUCAAUGGAAUUCGCACUCACACACACGUCCGAAGGGGCCAUGAUCCGAGGACAGGAGAUCCUUACCAUGGCAAGAUGGGUGAUUCGCACAACAUUGAGAGCAUUGUUU